GCAACAACAGGCAUGGAUUUGACGCUUCCUGGGCGGAGACGUGUUCGCAAACCGCCGCUUCCUGACGUUUGUUGCCGCCAACGCUUAAACAACAAGGAGCCUUCUCCUGUGGUGUAGCUGCUGCAUCCUCCUCUCUGUCACUCAGUAACAAGACCCAGUUAUUAUUCACCGAAGAUGUCCUUGACUCCGAAGAGACGCUGCCCGGACUCCAUGAACGAGUCGACGAACGAGUCGAUGAACGAGUCGACGGUGAAAAGGAUAAAGCGGAUUUCAGUGGAGGGAAACAUUGCUGCGGGCAAAUCCUCCUUUGUGCGCCUUUUGGAGCAGGAGAGCGCGGACUGGGAGGUAGUACCGGAGCCGAUCGCCAGGUGGUGCAAUGUCCAAACAACCAGCGGUGACUUUGAGGAGCUGACCACAUCUCAGAGGAGCGGCGGCAACGUGUUGCAGUUGAUGUAUGACAAACCAGAGAGGUGGGCGUACACUUUCCAGAGCUACGCCUGUAUCAGCAGGGUGCGGGCCCAGAUCCGCUCAGCCAACGGGAAGCUGCAGGAAGCCGAGAAUCCUGUGCAGUUCUUUGAGCGCUCCAUCUACAGUGACAGGUACAUCUUUGCUGCAAACCUCUAUGAGAGUGAGUGCCUGAACGAGACGGAGUGGUCCGUGUACCAGGACUGGCACGGCUGGCUGCACAGCCAGUUUGGCAAACACAUUGAGCUGGAUGGUAUCAUCUACCUGAGAGCUUCACCUGAGAAAUGUUUAGAGAGACUGCACCUGAGAGGCAGAGAAGAAGAGCAAGACAUCCCUCUGGAGUAUCUGGAGAAACUCCACUUUAAGCACGAGAGCUGGCUGCAGCACAAGACCAUGACUAUGGAGUUUGACUAUCUAAGUGAUGUGCCGGUCUUAACCAUAGAUGUGAAUGAAGAAUUUAAGGGACAUAAUAUCAAGAGCGCGGACAUGAUUGAGAAGGUGAAAGAGUUCUUGAGCACAUUGUAAAGAUGGAACAUAUAAACUGUGCCUCUAGGAAGAAACAGUGGAUGGAGAAUUACCAUUUAAAAAAAACAUGAAAUGCCCCAACACAGACAAUACAAUCAUGAAAAUGAUCUGGCCUGUUGCAUAGAAAAAUAUUUUUAUGAACAUUUUCUUAGGUAUAUAUUUAUCAAUUUUGGUGUGUGCAUAUGAGAUUGUAUGUUUUGUUUUAACUCAUGACAAUAAACUUGGAAUUUUUUUUUUUUUUUUUUU